AUGGAAGAAUGGGACUACGUGAGAAUUGCAAUUGCGAUUGCUAUUAUUUUUUCCUUCAUCUCAGCGUAUUUAUCAGCACUGCAUGUAAAAUUGCUGCGCGACGUAUUUUCUUAUCAUCUGUUUGAAUCUGCUUUUACUUAUCCUAAACUGUGCAAAAUCCCCAAGAAGUGAACGCUUUUUAAAAACCUUUUUCCUCCAAUAGGUAUUGCAUUUUACAAGCAAAUCCAAGUAGAAAUUCCAAGAAGUUCGCAUUUUCUUUUCCUUUCAAUUGAGCUGUUAAUUCUUUGAAAUAGUAACGAAAUUAUUACAGAUUAUUGUGACUUUGAAAAAUUUAAUAUUGCAUAUGCAAUUUUAAUUGGGUUUGGCUGCACGUCAGUUAUGCUUAUUUUGUAUUUUAUUUAUUUACCUAUAUUUUUUAAAGCGUUUCAGAGAACUUCUGAUCUUCAAUAUAUCGAACCAUCAAGCUCGGCCUUAACAAGAAAUUUUUCUUAUGACUGAUUCAGUAUUUUUUUAUGCUUAAUUUUAACUGGAAUUACAGUGUGAAGUAUUUGGCUUGCAAGAUCGAUAAAAACUGCAGACUUGCAAGUCGUUUAUUUGCAGUUCCUAAUAGGGAUUGGAAUAAGCUAUUUAAUGAGGUUUAUUUGCUGGCUGAUUUUAAGUAUGUUCAAAAUGACAUGCUAUCAAGAAAUUCCUCACACUGUAUAUAGCUUGACGGCUAAGGAUAUCAAAAGAUAUCGCAGAAGGCCAGUCUUGAAAGAAGACCCUUUAAGAUUGCUAGAUAUAUCUCAAGAUCAAACCUACUUUGAUGAUUUAGACAACUCAAAAGUGCCACUUAAUUCUUGCCAAACUCCAGUUAGAAGCAUUUCUAUGGAUACAAGUAAUAUGUCAAUCGAUCAAAGCUUCCAGAUCGAGUUUCAGGAUUUUAGUAUUGUUUGCGAAGAUGAAGACCCAGUUAACUUGAUCACUUUAGAAGCUAUAUUGUAAUUGCCCGAGGAUGGCGCAAGAUAGCGCCAUCCUCGGGCAAUUUAAAAAAUGGCCCCACACGGGAAUUGAACCCAUGUGUGGGGCCAUUUUUGGUACGUGGAAGUCGAUGUUCUCCACAUACCAAAAAUGGCCCCACACGUGGGUUCGAUUCCCGUGUGUGGGGCCAUUUUUGAAUUGCCCGAGGAUGGCGCAAGAUAGUGCCAUCCUCGGGCAAUUACUAUACCUCCUGAUAGUAAUCGUGAAGAUAAAGUUGAAAACCCAGCAAAUACUCUUGUCAGUCUAUUUGAAGUGGCGGAAGAGAUAGUUGUGCCUUCUGUUGAAAUAAUUGAGCCUCAUAUUUCUCCAGAAAAUCUAAAUGAAAAUAAAGAAAAUACAAAUCUUGAAAAAAUAGAAGAAACUGAAGAAGAAACAAAGAAAACAGAAGAAGAAAUAAAGACUACAGAUGAAGAAAUAAAGAGAACAGAAGAAGAAAUAAAGAAAACUGAGGAAGAAACUCAUAAUGAAGAAGAAAAAGAAGUCGAAGAAGAGCCUCCUGAAAAAGUAAAUAAAUUUGCAUAUGGAACAGGAAGCGCAGAAGAUUAUGGAGGCAUGAAAUAUCAGUCAAAAAUUUUUAGCGACGAACAAGAAGUUGUGAUAGACCAUGAUCCUGGGAGAAUUCCAACAACUGCUGAUACAAGCUAUCAAUUUAAUUUUGAUGAUACCAGAAGAGCUGCUGAUAAAUGCAAUCGUUUUGAUAAUUUGCAGCCAAUUCUUCAAGAAAAAUAUAAAAAACUAUCUAAAGAAGUAAUUGAAAAAAGAAAAGCAUUGGCUUCAAUAUGCUUGAUAUUUGGAGAUCUUGUUAGUGAAAAAGAUUCAGAAACUGAUGAAUUUCCACAUUUUGAAACUCCACGCGUAACAGAAGAUGCGACAUUUAAAUUUACAAACCAAAAAUGAAACUUUCAGCCUCCUGUAGCUCCUUCGUCUCCUCAGAGACCUGAAAUUGAUUACUUACAUUUUGGCGGACCUCCUAAUUAUAAGCAAAAAUCACCUCUAGAUGACCCGUCAUCACCACUUCAUCCUGAUCUAGGAAAUCCUAAUUUUGGAGGGCCUCCUAAUUAUCGCCAAAAUGCUUCUGCAGAAAAUCCAUCAUCUCCCUAUCAUGGAGAAGCUGGAGAUAUGCAUUUUGCUGGUCCUCCCUCUUACAAACAAAGCAUGCCCGAAGACGAAGAACUUCCUGCUUUUAUCGAUGAUCAGCGCCCUUCAUUUUCAAUUGCAACUGUGCCUUGGAGAAACCCGCCAGCACUGCAUGAUUCUGAAAGCAACAAAAUGAUGUUGCCACCACUUCCUAAUGAGCCAGCUCAUCGAAAAAUUAAGAAAAAGCCAGUUUUUGAGCCUAGAGCCCACAGUCACAGCCCAUAUGAUUAGAUUAGAUUAGAUUAAUUAGCAAGCGGGUCACGGAGGUUUAUUUCAGCCUCUACCCAGCGCUGCCAGCUUCAGGCUCGCGCCCUAUGCACCGGCUCUGUAGCUCACUCCAUUUUCUGUCGACGUCACCAAAAAAUGGUGACGUCGCUAUCUAACAGGGAGACUCACCCAGGUGCUCCUUGAUCAGGGGUCUAGUGACCCGGCGCCGUCCUUUCCGGGGAGGGAGAAAAGUAGCCUCCCGGAGUCUCCUUCAGGUCCCCGAAGGUCCCCACAUAAGAUCUUCCUCACUUCCCUUCUAAUCCUGAAGUUUGACUCCUGAUACAUCGGCUCUGGUCUUCUUGUCUUUGUGAGAGGUAAAAAACCUUGUCGUGGUGUCCCGACCAAGGUAAAAAACCCACCCUGGACACAAUAUCCAGGCCCCGUUUACUUCUUAAACCCGUAGUCCCUGAGGGUACAGGAGAAGGACGGGUCGGGUGGCUCGCCAUUUUAAUUGUGUCAGCUCAUAUGAAGAAAAGUUGGUGAAAAUGCUGACUCCUCCUAUCCGUUAGCAACAAAAAAAAUUUUGUUCGCUUAUAGAAUAGGGUCAAUUUUUUUUAAAAAAAUUUAUACUAAAAUUUUUUUCGUAUUUUUGAAAAUAUCCGAAUCUGCAAAAAUUGGAAAGCGAAAAUUAAUUUAAUUUUUAAAAUUUAUGUUUUAAUAUGCAAUCGUUUUACAUUCAAUAGAAUAGAUUAUCAACAAUUUAAAAACAUUUUUGUUCACAUUUUUAUCCAAAAAUAUAGAUUAUUCAAAGAUUUUUCUCGCUCACUCUGGAGAGGGAGUAAGCAGAGAAAAGCCAUUAUCGAGGAAAAGGAAUGCAAGCAGCGUUGAUUUAUUGAGAUCGCAUGACAAAAUGAAAGAAGCAAGAGAAGCUUAUGGAAGUUCGAGGCCAGGCUCUGUAAUCAGCCAUAUUUCUACUGUAGCUGGAACUGUCAGAUCUUUGGCAAGGUCAGAAAGCAGGCCAGGGCUUCAAUCUCUGCCAAGAAAUAAGAGCAGAGCUGGAAUUAAGCUUAACUCAAGCAAAAGCACGCGUAACUUAAGAUAA